AAACACAACACAUAAAAAAUACUGCUUCAAUUUUUUUCUACAAUGGCACGUAAGUCUGAGAAAUUCUUGGAGCUAUAUGGCUACGAUUUACUAUUGGGGUCAAUUGCUGCAUUCUAUGUGUUGAUGGUACCUUACACUAAGGUAGAAGAAAGUUUCAAUGUUCAGGCUAUGCAUGAUAUUUUGUACCACAGGCAUCAGAUAGAGAAGUACGAUCAUCUGGAGUUCCCUGGAGUUGUACCUCGCACAUUUAUCGGCAAGUUUUCUACUUCAGCUAAGAUUUUCAAGAGAUUGUAAGUAUGCACAUCCUCCUACAUAAACGGCAAUCCUAGGACACUGCUUCUUCUGGAAGAGGGGCUCUUCUUGUAUCUAUUUUGGCAUCUCCAGUUGUUCUCCUAAUGAAUUUGCUACACAUGCCAAAACUGUAUAGUCUCUAUGCAGUACGACUGGUAUUGGGUGGUAUCGUGCUGUCUACAUUACGAUUUUUUCGCAUUCAGAUCAAGAAGAAGUUUGGAUCUCAAGUUGAAGCGUUCUUUGUUAUCCUGACAGCAUCUCAGUUUCAUUUGCUGUUCUAUUGCACCCGUCCUCUGCCAAAUAUAUUGGCAUUUGCUUUAGUAAAUUUGGCAUAUGGCUUUUGGUUUAAGGGAAGUCUGUAUGCGGCAUUAAAUUGCCUGGUGUUUGCGACGUUAGUCUUCAGAUGCGACAUACUUCUGCUCAUUGCUCCUUUGGGUUUGGAGCUCUUGCUGACCAAAUCGGUUUCUUUCUGGAAAGCACUGACAUCCUGCUUAGCUGCUACUUUCCUCUCCAUAGGCCUUACCGUUCUUGUUGAUUCAGUCAUUUGGAAAAGGUUGUUGUGGCCUGAACUAGAAGUUUUCUGGUUCAACUCUGUUUUGAACCGGAGUUCUGAAUGGGGUACACAUCCUUUCAACUGGUACUUCACGUCAGCACUUCCCCGUUCACUGCUGGCUGCAUACCCACUUUUUUUGCUUGGGGUUCUACUGGACAGAAGGAUUUUCUUCUACAUCCUUCCAGUUCUAUCAUUUGUUCUAAUGUACUCAAAGCUUCCGCACAAGGAGCUCCGCUUCAUAAUUAGUUCCAUUCCUGUCUUCAACUUUGCAGCAGCUGUUGCAGCUGGCAGACUGUAUAACAACAGGAAAAAGAGUUUCUGGAAGUUUCUGUAUAUUGCUAUGUUGGGAUUAAUACUUGGAAGUUUAGCCUGCACGGCAGUGUUUUUCAUGGCAUCGUACGAAAACUAUCCUAGUGGUUAUGCUCUAAAAGCUCUUCAUAGGAUAGGUGGUGUGACAAAGAAUUCAGAUGAACUCAGGGUUCAUAUUGACACUUUUUCAGCGAUGAAUGGGAUAUCCCGAUUUUGUGAAUAUAAUUAUCCAUGGAGGUACUCGAAAGAAGAAAAUAUUUCUCUGGAAGACUUGCAGAUGAAAAAUUUCACAUAUCUUCUGAAUGAGAAUUCUUACAUCGAAGGAUUCAAAUGUCUGAUGAGUGUGGAUGGUUUUUCUCGGGUUCGCAUACGAAUUGGUUUUCCUCCAAUAUCAUUUGUUAAGGAACCAAAGGUGUUUAUUCAUGGAAACAUAAGAAACACUGAUAUCAUGAAUAGAAGCUGGCCAGGAUGCUCGGUUAUUCCAUGAAAGCAUCCAUUGCUAGCGUGGAGAAUUGUAACAAGGCGAACCUUCUAGUCUUAUCACAACUCCCUUUUUCGCGAUAACUGAAGGGAAAAAUGUUAGGCUCAGACAUCAGCUGUGUUCAUAUAGUGAAGCUGGAACUUUUAGCUGGUUGCUGACUUUAGAUUAUCUUUGCAGAAAGAUAUGUGUUUCUUUUUCUAGAUGAUCAGAACAAAAAGGUUGACAGGUUCAAAGCUUCAAUAUUUCUAUUGAGGUCAAAAAAAACUUGUCUUUGUUAUGGUGUGGACAUCACACACUAAUUAUAUGAAAACUUCACUUUCAUUUGGGCAGCUUUCAAAUGAUUUGAAUAUUCUUGUCACA